AUGGUGGUCAGAGCUCUGUUGAUGACCGCUGUGAUUCUGCUGGAUGGACAGAAGCAGGUAGCUGAUGCAGUUUCUCUGAGUAUCGCUCCAAACAGAUCGCAGUUCUUUGAAUAUGAAUCAGUAACAUUUUACUGUGAAGGAGUCGAUCAUUGUGACGUUGGGCAUAAAUUCGAUAGGAAAUUAAAAUCAUGUAGCAAAACUAAUAAGACACCAACAGGAUCAUCCUGCACCAUUAAAAAUGUUUAUACAGAAGACAGUGGAGAGUACUGGAGUGAGACUGAAGGAGGGAACAGAAGCAACAUUAUCAACAUCACUGUCACUAAUGGUUCUGUGAUCCUGGAGGUUCCUGCUCUUCCUGUGAUGGAGGGACAAACUGUGACUCUUCACUGCAGAAAUAAAACCUCUUCCUCCAACUUCACAGCUGAUUUCUAUAAAGAUGGACGUCACAUCCACAGAAGCUCCACAGGAAACAUGAACAUCUACAGCGUUUCCAAGUCUGAUGAAGGACUUUACAAGUGCAGCAUCUCAGGAGCUGGAGAAUCACCAGAGAGCUGGCUGAAAGUCACAGGUGGUUCUGUGAUCCUGGAGGUUCCUGCUCUUCCUGUGAUGGAGGGACAAACUGUGACUCUUCACUGCAGAAAUAAAACCUCUUCUUCCAACCUCUCAGCUGAUUUCUAUAAAGAUGGACGUCACAUCCACAGAAGCUCCACAGGAAACAUGAACAUCUACAGAGUUUCCAAGUCUGAUGAAGGACUUUACAAGUGCAGCAUCUCAGGAGCUGGAGAAUCACCAGAGAGCUGGCUGAAAGUCACAGCCUCACAAAAUUUAAAUUCAACAGCUAAUCCAGACGUUCGCACAGAGAGCCGUUCCUCCUCUACUGCCACUCCAUGGAUCAUUGCCACUGCUUUAUUAAGCGCUCUGUUGGUGGCAGCACUGGGACUGUUUCACUUUGGCAAAGGCUCCUGCAACAGAGCACUGCUGCGUCAGUCAGCAAAGGUAGAUCAUUCAGACUCAGCUGAAGAUGAAAAAGGUCAGAACACAAACACUGCGUCAUAG